GCUUCAAACCUUUUUUCCAUCGCAAGAAUUUCUUUUUCCUACAACUUUCCUCCAAACACAUUUGGUAAAUGCUCAAUUAGGUACUUUACCGUUUCCUCUUACGUCGUUGCAUUGAUUCUAAGUGAAGAAAACAAGUCUUCACCCAAGUCACUACUGUUUACCUUUUUCCCUUUUACAUAUUGGCAUUGACUGGACGAGCUCGUUUGACGUGACUCCCCGCCGCGAUCACUUCUGCCCCGCGUCAAUCAAUUCCAACGUCAAUUGGAAGGCUUUUCUACGUCUUCAUCAUUCACCAAAAUCAUUCACCAAAUUACAUUACUUCCAACGCCGUCAAAACCCUUGAAUUUUGUUGCGCAUUCACUGCGCAUUCACACGACCUACAUUGCACCGUCGAAUCUCGAACACUGCAUUCCACUCAAUUCAUUAUUCAAACCUCUAUCCAAAACACCCCCUUGGAGUAAUCCCCAUCGGGAGCUCCCUUCUUGUCACCAUUAUGAGUGAUCAAGAUACUAAGCCCGUCGAGGGCGUUAAGAGUCCUGUCGAGAACGUCGCGGCAGACGUUGACAACUCUACCACUGAACCCGAUAUGCCUCAGACCAACGGCAAGGCAGAACCGAAUGUCAAUGUGGAGAAGGGUGAAGAGAACAAGAACAAUGACCUGGGUCCUCGAGACCUCGAUGAGGAUAUCAUCCGACCUGCCACUCAGGGUGACUCCAACGAUACUGAGGACGAGGCAGAGUCGAAGGUCGACCCGAAGAAACGAAAGUGGCCACAAAUCCGCAACCCCCCCAAGGAUAUGUUGAAGGUGAACAGAGGUGGAUGUCCCACUAGAGAAAAGUCCGACCCAUCUAUUCUCCCUGUGUCUGAUGAUCCCAAGGCCAUUCGCUGGCAGGUCGAAUUCUACUUUUCCGACAGCAACCUACCUAAUGACAAGUUUCUGUGGAAAAAGACGGAUGGAUCGAAUAACAAACCUGUUCCUCUCUCUUUGAUCUGUAGUUUUGCAAGAAUGCGUCGGUUCAAACCUUACUCGGCCGUUGUCGAAGCACUCAAGACUAGCAGUCGCCUUGUUCUAGAAGGCCCCGAGGGGGAAGAAACAAUUCGUCGAAAGGAGCCGUGCGAGCCCAGCGACGAGAUGAGUCGCAAGAUUGAGGAUCGCACUACCUACAUCAAGGGCUUUGGCGAGGAGAGCAAGUCUGCCCAAUUCGACAUUGAGAAUUUUGUCUCGCAAUUUGGGGAGAUCAAUGCCGUGCGCCUGCGACGCGACGAGGAAGCUAAGGAUAAGGUGUUUAAGGGCUCUAUCUUUGUCGAGUGGGUCGAUGAAGAGACCGCAAAUAAGUUCUACGACUUGGACCCCAAGCCUCGAUACAAGGAUAACCCAUUGAUGAUCAUGCCGAAGCGUGAAUAUGAUCGUCAGACACAGUUAAAGGAUCGCCGCCAGUUCAAGAACUCAGGCUUGAGUAAGGGACAUCUUGAACAGCGCGAGAAUAAACUUCGUGCUAUCAGAGGUAUUGGUCGUCGGGGUGAUCGCCCAACCCACGACCCCGAUAACUGGAAGAAGCGUCGUGAGGCUGAUAAGCUAGAGGGCUUCAAUGACCCUCGCGGCCGCCGUGAGCGUCGUGGACGGGCUCGAGGCAAUAGCCGUGGACGUGGCAGGGAUCGUGGCCAGAGUAGCAACGACAGAGCGAAGGAACAAGAGUCCGUCCCGCAGGAUGAUGGAAAGCCUAAGGUCCACACGAGCAAGGAAGGUCAAAAGAUCAUCAAGGAAGAACAAGCCAAGCGUGACGCAGACACUCAGACGAACGGCAAACGUGCCCGUGAUGAGGAUGCUACCACCGAUUCUCCCCCGGCCAAGAAGGCUGAUACCAAGGAGGCUAUUGCCAAUGUCGCAUAAGCAACAAAAGUUGAUUAGGGUUCCACCAUUAGCAGAUUACGGUACAUCUGCUCAAAAUUUUGCUACACAUCGUUUCAUCAUGGCAUCCACCACAUUUUGCACCGCAUUCGGAGGACAAGUUCAGCAAAAGGUAUUGCUUGGUCGGAUUUGCACGCGGCGUUUACGGCCUUUAAGAUAGGCGCUAGGUAGAUAUGCCUUGCAGGGAAAAUCAGAGUCUGUUUCAUAAUCACUAUCUAU